AUGGUUUCACCUCUUAUGUUGUUAUGCAAGUAUGGUGAUCGUACCAUUGUGUUCAAGGUUGUGUCAAACUGCGCGUUGAAGGAUUUAACUGAUUUCUUAAGUUGUAAAUUGAAAAAGUUUGACAAUAGUGGUUGCAUACUAUUAUUGUAUUGUUUGCCUGGACAUUCGCAAUGCAUGAUUGAUGAUGAUUCGGAUUUUCAAAAUAUGUUGUCGCUUGUUUAUCCCCUUGGUGUUGACCGGGUUGAUGUGACUAUUACUGAAAUGGGCAUUUCAAAUGAAAAACAUGGAGUUGGAGAAUCAGGGGACGCUACUGGAUCCAACAUUACUGAUGAUGAAAUGGAUUUACUACCUAUGUUUUGUCAACAUGAAAAAAGGACUUUCUUGUCUUGUGGAUGGGUGAAUGAAAUUACUCAUGUAGGUCAAAGAUUUAUUGGAGGUGCAAAGGAUUUCCGGACUGCAUUAUGUAAAUAUGCCAUUGAGAUAGGAUUUGAGUUUAUUUCGUAUACUUGUAGAGCUGCAGUUCGUACUUCUAAAAACUCAAGGAUGAGUUCAAAUUUGGUUGCAAGUUUGAUUGUUAAUGAAGUUCGUGGGAAUCCCCAAACUCGUCCAAUUGAUGUUUUCAAGAGGUUUUUUGUUGCAUUUAAUGCUUCCAUUCAAGGGUUUAGGCAUUGCCGUCCUCUAUUGUUUAUCGAUGGAACUUUUCUAAAUGGGAAAUAUAAGGGCACCUUGUUAAUAGCUACAACGAAGGAUGGGGAUCAAGGUUUUUUCCCUCUUGCAAUGGCAAUUGUCGAUACGGAGACUACAGACAGUUGGGAAUGGCUUUUUAUACAUUUGUCGAAUAUAUUGUUGGAUGAAAGACCAAUUACCUUCAUAUCUGAUAGAAACGCAGGACUUUUGGAGACUUUACCCAAGGUUUUACCUACUGCUUACCAUUAUUUUUGUCUCCAACACUUGAAGGCCAAUUUGAGGGAUAGGUUCUCCGGUCCAAGUUUCAACAAUACUUUCAAGAGACAAAAAUACGGUGAAAUGCACUCGAAUGUGGCAGAGUCUUUCAAUUCAUGGAUCCAUCAAGCUCGUCAUUUGCCCACUACGAAAAUGAUUGAUUCAAUUAGGUUGAAGAUCAUGGCUUUGAUGUCGAGAAGAAGAGAACAAGCUAAGAAAUGGAAUACUUUUCUUUGUCCGGAGAUGGAUUCAACAUUAGUAAAUGCUCUUAAAAGUAGAAGAACUUGGUUGGUUAGUCGUUCAAGUAAUCAUGUUUUUGAGGUUCAAUCCCGGCCAUCGGUUAGCGUUGACCUCUUGAAUAGAACUUGCUCAUGUUACCAAUGGCAAUUGAAUGGAUUUCUUUGUGCUUACGCGGCGACCGCUAUCCAAAAGAGCGGAGGUGAUUUGUAUGCACAUAUGGAACCAUUUUAUUACACUAGCAAGUUCAAAGAUUGUUAUGCUGAGUCCGUUUAUCCAAUACCCACUGUUGAGAAAUCUCUUGUAGUUAUGGAUGAUCUUGUUGUCCUUCCUCCAAUUUAUAAGAAGCAACCUGGUAGGCCAAGGAAAAAUAGGAUCCCAUCUAGGUGUGAGAAGAUAAGACAAGUACAGUGUGGUAGAUGUGAGAAGUAUGGUCAUAAUAGGAAGACUUGCAAGGAGACAUUUUCAUGA